UCAGAUUACGCAAUACUUCACACCUUCAUAUGGAGGACGACGACGGCUUCCACGGGGACCACCUUCUGACCCCAACCUCCAGUUUCUCUCAGCUUCUUUUCGGACAUGGCGAUGUGGACCACCUCCCCCAUCAUCAUCACUCUCUUUUCUCGAUUGGCAACGGCAGUCCCCCCAAAAUGCUCUGUUUCGAGGGCUAUCGAAACAGUCAUGGCGACCUCUUGGUUUCUGAACCCAACGCUGUUACCCCACAGAAAUCUGUCAUCACUUCUAGCGAAUCCUCCUCUGCUUCUUCCUCCUGCAACCAUAAGUCUAAUGUCCGCGAUAUGAAAAAACGUGGUGGGUCGGCACAGGAAAUGGGGUGCUGCACUGAUUCCGGCGCCACGGCGGCUGGUGGCGGUGGCCGGAGACAUUCGAAGAAAGCCAGAGCGGAGAACCCCACUUCAACAGGACAUGCAAAGAGGAAGGAGAAACUUGGGGAGCGAAUCGCAGCGUUACAACAGCUCGUUUCUCCAUUUGGGAAGACAGAUACAGCUUCGGUGCUUCACGAGGCAAUGGGAUACAUAAGGUUUCUCCACGACCAAGUUCAGGUCCUCUGCUCGCCUUACUUGCAGGCACCUCCUCCUUCGCCUCAUCCCCGCCACCACCGUACGGGAGAUGGGGUUAACAUGAACAAGAGACAGGAAGGCAAAGGAGAGUUGAGUAGCAGAGGACUAUGUCUGAUCCCAGUGGAAUCCACCGUACACGUGGCCAGCAGUAAUGGUGCUGAUUUCUGGUCACCUGCGAUGGGGAUUAACGUUUCCUCAUCAACAAGAUCCUGAACGAACCCAACCAAGCAGCAGAAACAUCUAUGGCAUGAAACGAAAAACCCUUUCUCCAAAAUCUCUUCUUUUCUGGGAAAAAGGAUUCCGCUGUGUAUGAAGAUAUAUAGCCAACGUGAAAGGUGGGAAGGUGGAGAAGGCAAAGUGAAAGAAAAGGAAAAGGAGGAUGACUUUACAAGACGUAGUUCGCACGUGGGGGGGGGGGGAUACCAUGGAAAUGUCAAGGUUUUGUUUUAAACUAUGAAACAUCAUCACAUGUUUCGACUUCAAUGCUAUCUUCUUGCUUGCCUCUGUAAAUCA